AUGUUUCUCUUGUUGAUCUUCGGUUCUUUGCUGUUCUCCGCCGCGGCACGACCCACACCAAAUUAUCUGGAAAACCCGUACAGCGGGGAAAAUGAGACAGAGGACCCAGAAGAAAUGAGAUCCGCCGCUAUUAAACGACUUUUGGAAGUUUUUGGGAUGGAAGACACCCCUUCCAUCCACGGACACAAGCAGGCUCCUCAGUACAUGCUCGACCUGUACAACACUGUGGCGGAUGUGGAUGGCGUUACCAAGGACCCGUAUCUUCUGGAGGGAAAUACAGUCCGCAGCUUCUUCGACAAAUUGCGCAGUGAGCAAGUGGAGUUUAGCUUCAACUUGUCCACAGUGUCCAGGGAAGAGAAGAUUCUUACAGCAGAGCUACAUCUGUUCAAACUACGACCACAAGCCACUCUCGCCUUCAAUAGACACCAUUUCUGCCAGGUCAGUGUCUAUCAAGUGCUAGACACCAGCAAAACCAACAGCACACAAGACAGGAAACUCCUGUCUUCUCGGCUUAUCCCAGUACACUCCACUGGAUGGGAGGUGUUCACCAUCAGUCAAGCAGUUCGCUCCUGGAUGAUGGAUGAAGGCAGUAACCUGGGUCUGCAUGUGGUGGUCCGGACACUAGGCGGCAGUCCGAUCGACAUGAAGCUGAUGCGAUUUGCUUCAGGAAGAAACCAUCACCAGAGCAAGCAGCCCAUGUUAGUGCUUUUCACCGAUGAUGGGCGCAGAUCCACCAGUCUAGAAAGCAGAGAUUUCGAUGACAACGCAGCCACUUCCAACCUUCCUCGGUCCUUCAUGUCCAGCUCCACCUCUAGAAUCGCCCGCUCUGUGGACUACUCGGAGGAGGAUGGUGCACCCACGCCCUGCCAACGCCACCCUCUCUACGUCGACUUUGAGGAGAUCGGUUGGUCUGGCUGGAUCAUUUCUCCUCGUGGAUACAACGCCUACCAUUGCAAAGGCUCCUGCCCGUUCCCCUUGGGCCAGAACAUGCGCCCCACCAACCACGCCACCGUUCAGUCCAUUAUCAAUGCCCUCAAGUUGCUCAAAGGAGUAGAAACGCCUUGCUGUGUGCCCGAUAAGCUGUUUUCUAUCAACCUGCUCUACUUUGAUGACGAUGAAAAUGUAGUGCUAAAACAGUACAAUGAUAUGGUGGCAGGAAGCUGUGGAUGCCAUUAA